AUAUAUAAACGUUAAUAAAUAUUGUUUUCUGGAAGAAGGUAGCGCUGUUAGAUAUGCGUCUGGGUGCCAUUUUGUUGGUCUUAACGCCGAACGAGAUAUCUUUCUUGGAAAGCUAAUUAUUGAGAUUCUAAAACAUAAUUUGAUGACAAAGGAAAGAUGGCAAGAGAAAAUUGUUUUUAUCAAGAUAUUUUUAAUUAUAUAGUACAUGGAAGUAUCUAUCCAGAUGCAACUGAAAGCAAAAAGAAUGAACUAUUGAAAGAAGCUAUUCAAUAUACUGUUAUUCAAGGCAAUUUAUAUCGAACAUUUCCUCCCUCAUGUAAAAAGCUACGUUUAGUUUUAUCAAAGCAGAUAAAUCAGAAGAUUGCAAUUUGUGAAAGUCACAUUUCAAAUGAUGAUCAUUUAAAUGUUAAGGAAACAUGCUUAAAUGUGAGAAAGAAAUAUUAUUGGAAGAAUAUUGAUAAUGAUGUCGUUGAAUUUAUUAAACAAUGCCCAGACUGUAGUGAAGAUAAUAAAUCAUUUCCUAUUAAAGCAAAACAUCAACAGUAUGAAUGUUUAGAUAGAGUUUGGAAACUGGUUGAAAUUACAGUCGUAGGACCUUUGACUUAUAAUGAAACUAAAGUUUAUCUUUUUCGAUUGGUUGAUGUAUUUUCAAAAUGGAUGUGCUUUCACAAAUUAAAUAGUUUAGAUCCCAAAGAAAUUAGCAAAAUACUACUGAAAGAGUUCUCAGUUUUGGGGUUUCCUGUUGGUAUACGUUUAGUGGAGUUAGAAAAUAGUGAAGAAAUAAUUAGUCUGUUUGAAAAUGAAAUAAAAGAAUUUAUUAAGAAAACAAAAGAAGUUAAUAAAAUAUUUAACAAUGAUGACUUGACAAAUGACUUGAAUAGUGGUGAAGUGGAUUUGCAUCAAAAUGAAAUUGAUCACAGUCCAAAGGUUAACAGUGAAUGUUCAAAUUUACCUAAUUCUGAAGAAUUAACAAACUGUCCAGUAGAAGUAAAUGGUGAUGGUAAUAAUAAUAGUAACAGUAGUAUUGGUGACAAUAAUGAAACUGGUGACACCAACAACAAUGACAAUGGUGAUAAUGACAACAAUAGCAGCAGCAGCAACAACAACAACAAUAGUAGCAACACCAAUGAAGCAGAUAUUACACCUGUUGAAAAAACUGAAGAACAAAGUGACUUCAAACCUGAUGAAAUCAAAACUACAGAAAUAGAAGUAGAAGAAGCUAAUAAAGAAUCUGUAUCAGAUUUAACUAAUUCAAUUCCAAAUGGAUCAGAUUCAGUACUUCAAGAGAAUACUUUAAAUUCUACAUUAGAAAAUGAAAUAUUGCUUCAGAGAAUUAAUGAGAGUGAUGACUUUCUUAUUAACAAAAUAAAUGAUUUUGAGAUAUUUCUUGAUAACCAAAAUGAAGAUACUAAACCAUUCAUUUAUAUUUUUAUUGGAGAGAAAAGUAUUGUUGAUAGUGAAACUGAAAAUCUGUACAAAGACAAACUAGAGAAAUUUAUUAAUCAUUUUCCAGAUUUAUGGGUAGAAUAUUUACCCAAUUUCAUUCUAAAUGUUCAAAGUUCUGCAUCAAGUUCAUUUCAAACACCAAGUCAAGUGAUGUUUCAUCGAGAACCUAAUUUAAUAGGACUUUUUGAAAGUUCAUAUUUGAAUCAUUCAAUUCAGUUUCUUGGCAACAGUGUUGAAAAUCAGCCUCCUGUAAAAAAUGAUGUUGCAAAUGGAUCUUGCAAGCUCACCAGAACAUCUGGAAGAAUGAAGAGAUAUAGUUUACGUCAGAGUCCUAAGCCAAAUGAAUCGUUAGGUGAGUAAAAUUCAAUGUAUUGAUAGUCCAUUAUAUUAUUUAUUGUUUAACUAGCUGUGUUACCCAUCAUUGACAGGAGAUACUUAUUUCAUGAAAUUAUAUUUACUUACCUAAAGAGUAUAUCUGCAAAGAAUUGUUC